AUGCGCCGAGCCGCUCCCAACAAGUCCAAGAACCGAUCACUCGACAUACCUCCACCAGUCGCGAAUUCGACACCAGCGAUCGCUGAUUCGUCUGUGAAUGUUGUCGAGGCUCUCCGGUGGGAUGAGGCCUUCCAGACUGAUCAGCACCAAUUUGUCAAUACCGUAGCUAUUGACGACGACGCCCACGACAUCGAGACAUAUUCACAGCCUCACGGCAACCAGUCUCAGUAUAAUCACAUCACCUACUACACUCCCGAUCAGUCCUAUGCCGUUCAGGAACCCGUGAUCGAUUCGCCCAUGACAGAUGCGCUCCCCGCCGAAGUCGACGCCGUCUCCGCUAUCGCCGCCGCCACUACGGCUUGUUUCGCUGUAGGAACCGCCGAUUCUACAGGUUUCACCACAUCUGGGUUCGUCCAUCAAAGCAACUACAGUCAAUACACCUCGAAUACAUAUGCCCAUGUCUACAACUCUGAAUCAGAACCCCUCGAGCCCGAUUCUAAUUCAGAGUCCGACUUAGAUCAAGAUCAAAACCAGGAGGAGGGAGACGAUAUUGACUUGGACGUUUCUAUCCAUGCCCCCCAACCAGAAGAUCCUUGGACCUCUCCUACACAUCUUGACUUGCUCCCCGACUAUAAUACACAUUACCAUAACCUUGACUAUGACCCUGAAAUGAGCGAUAGUGAAGGAGGAGCCCCCUUGAACGACGACACUUUCAGCGAACCUCAACAUCAAACAGACAAUCAACAUUCUCUUCCACAGGAGAACAAUGAAGAGACGGUCUCCGUCACAACCCCAUUCAAUCAUAUCCUACAACCCUCCACCGUAGCUGAUAUCGAUCUAAUUAUGGACGCCGUUCCACCACCAGCACCAUGGGACACCAUGCCUGGCGAUAACAUGACCGAGCCGCCUCAGGCUCAAGCCCCCGAGCCAGCAAGUCCAAUUGGGCUUCCCUUUAUCAGCAACCCUAAUCCGGCUAUGUUUGGGUCCGAAAACUUGGGCCUGGUUGAUUUUCUAAGACACUGGGCAUAUCAGGCCCGAUUUGCUUCAUCGUCCCUUGCGCCACGGUUGAACGCACCCUGCCCGGAAGAUAUCCGCCGUCAAGCACAGGAAACCCCUCGUGAGAUCCGGUACGAUGACCUUCUUGGUGAUCGAUAUGAUAUGCAGGGCUUGGACUGGAAUUCCAUGAAUACCACUCGGAGGUAUGCGCGUCAGAGACGCAAUGACACUUUCAAGAAUUACGUCAACAAGGACGGCUCGGAUAGAUGGAGUCCUCACAUGGUUGACGUUGACAUCCCAUCUUCGGAGAGUUUUAUGAGAUUCAAGAGAUACAUCGUUCGCCGAGAUGUCUACCUUGCUCAUUUUCAGCUUCGCAGUGUCUUAGCUUGUCCAUCGACCUCACAAGUCUACUACCCCCGUAACGAAGGAGUCACCCGUAUCAACCUCACUUCAGGGCAAACUGAGGUUGCACUUCACAACAAUUAUAUGACUGGUCUUGGGACUCUUAUUUCUACCCUUGACGCAAACCACGGCGCCAUGUUCGCAGGAACCUUUAACGGGGAGUACUAUCUCAAAAGCUUGGAUUCCAAUGAUAAAAAGGAUUACUCUGAAGGCACUAUCACUGAACACCUAGGAGGUAUCACCAAUCAUGUUCAAAUUCACAAGCCUCGGCAGUCCUCCGCACCUGUCGCUGCCAUCUCUAGCAACGACCAUGGGUUUCGUCUUCUGGAUCUCAAUACACAGCAAUUCGUGAUGCAGAGUAGGUAUCGAUUUCCACUCAACUGCUCACGCAUCUCUCCCGAUGGUCGACUGAGAGUCAUGGUUGGGGACGACUUCAAAGCUCUCAUCACUGAUGCCAUCACUGGUGAGAUUCAGCAAGAAUUAUCCGGGCAUCGUGAUUAUGGCUUUUCUUGCGACUGGUCUGAUGAUGGCUGGACAGUAGCUACCGGUUUUCAAGACAAGGGUGUCAAGAUUUGGGAUGCUCGCCGCUGGUGUGAUUCGAGGGGAGUAAGCACCCCGUUAUGCACUAUCCGGUCUGAGAUGGCAGGAGUACGAAAUUUGCGCUUCUCCCCAGUUGGAAGCGGCGAAAGGGUGCUCGUCGCUGCAGAAGAGGCCGACUACGUCAACAUCAUCAACGCUCAAACAUUUGGCAAGAAGCAAACUGUCGACAUUUUUGGCGAGAUUGGCGGCAUUGCUUUCACAAAUGAUGGACAAGACCUCAAUGUGCUAGUGAGCGACAGAGAUCGUGGUGGUCUCCUCCAGCUCGAACGAUCUGGCCUUGGACCCGAGCCUUACUUCCGCAAUUCCUGGCGCCGCUAUCACGAUCAUGCAACAGAUCAAUGGCGUUAUCGAAGUGACGAAUAUUCACAUCUUGGUGAGCCCUGCCAACGCAGACAAAUAUCAACAGAUGCUUUGCCUAUCUUCUAA